GCUGACGGGGGGCGGGGGCGGCCCUGGGAAGGAGGGCUGGUCUCCUGGCCCCCCGCCCCUCCCCUUACUCUCCCCUGGACUUGGAUGGGCCCGAGUUGGGGGCAACACCCCGGGGUGGGUGAUGCUGAAUGGCCCCGCCAAGAUUGGGCCCUGGUUAAUGCAUGCGGGGUGAGGGUCGCGGUGCACAGAAUUUAUGCAACCUGGGGUGCUGGCCCAUGUGCUUACCCUGGAUGCUUACUUAAUCUACUGAGUAAUGUUCUGGCGGAGGGGGAGCGGGGCAGAGCUUUGCAAGACAGGAUGGCAUUGGGGCUUUCCAGCUCUCACAGAACCUUCAGCAUCCCCAGCUGCCGGUCUUGGCAUCUUCGAAGUAAGGAGAGUUUUAGAUGCUUCUGGAUGUUCAAUGCUAGCACCUUUACAGACUGGAGCAGCUCGAUUUUCUUCGUAUUUACUUUCAAGAGCAAGAAAAGUGCUGGGCUCCCACUUAUUUUCUCCCUGUGGUGUUCCGGAGUUCUGCUCCAUAUCCACCAGAAAGCUGGCGGCCCACGGCUUUGGCGCAUCCAUGGCGGCAAUGGUGUCCUUCCCUCCCCAGAGGUAUCACUACUUUUUAGUGCUGGACUUUGAGGCCACGUGCGACAAGCCACAGAUUCAUCCUCAGGAAAUCAUCGAGUUCCCCAUCCUAAAGCUAAAUGGCCGGACCAUGGAGAUUGAGUCUACCUUUCACAUGUAUGUCCAGCCUGUAGUCCAUCCACAGCUUACCCCAUUCUGUACAGAGCUCACCGGGAUUAUUCAAGCCAUGGUGGAUGGUCAGCCAAGCCUGCAGCAAGUGCUGGAGAGGGUCGAUGAAUGGAUGGCGAAGGAAGGCCUCUUAGAUCCAAACGUCAAGUCAAUUUUUGUCACCUGUGGAGACUGGGACUUAAAAGUCAUGCUCCCAGGCCAGUGCCAGUACUUGGGCUUGCCAGUGGCGGAUUACUUCAAGCAGUGGAUUAAUCUGAAAAAGGCUUACAGCUUCGCCAUGGGCUGCUGGCCCAAGAAUGGACUUCUAGACAUGAACAAGGGCCUCAGCCUGCAACACAUAGGCCGGCCCCACAGCGGCAUUGGGUCUGCACUGGCCUGCCUGGAUAGUGCCUGGGGAGAGGGUGCUGGCUCCUUCCUUCCUGAGCUGACCCCCUUGGAGCCCCAGAGACAUCUGAGGAAUUGGUUCUUGCCAGACACCAGACUCUUCUUCAGUAGCAACCAUAGAUGGAAGAAUGGCUAGAUGGAUGGACGACUGCAAGAACAUUGCCAACAUCAUGAAGACACUCGCCUAUCGAGGCUUCAUCUUCAAGCAGACAUCGAAGCCGUUCUGAUUGGCCGAGGACAGGAUGGGGCAGGACAGGGUAGCUGUUUGGCCCAGCCCAGAAUCCUCCUCUCCCUCACCAGAGGGGAAGAGGGAGAGUGGCAUAGCUCUGUGUCCAGAGUGUCCCCAGCUGCCCUGUGGGCUCAUGCCCUUGGCGUGGGCUUGUGCCCUUGCAAGGGCUUGGCCACUUGGCCCUUCUGGAGCAGACACUUUGUGCCCCCCAUCCCCACCCCUCAAUCUCAGCCCAGUAUCAGCCCCUCCCAUUGCGGGCCUGGGCUAGGGGGACCCAGGCACUCACCGCCUCCUCCCUGGUACACAGGCUUCUGUGGGGCCACCAAGCCCCCCCUGUGCCCCCUCCCAUCCAUAGUGCAUGGUGUGUGGUGCCCCCAGGGCUCCAGGACAGAUCAGGCCCCACCUUGUGUCUACCCCCAUCCCCGCUGUGAACGUGCCACUGAAUAAAGUCGGGGAAACGAG